GGUUCAAAAUGCUGAUGGUACAUGGCGGUAGGUUUCGGUUAAAGACCAAAUUUAAUAAUACAUGUAAAGAGUUUUGGUAACACUAUCUUGUCCCGUUCUGCUCUACUUUGUCUUUUCAAACCCAUCUCUGCUACAUUUUUCCUCCAUUAUUUAUAUAAAUUAUAUAAUAAACAAAUAUAAGUUCUAUCUUUUCUUGAUAUUAACAAAUCACUUGUUACAAUGGGGCUUAAGUUUGCCUUGUUUCCUCUGUUUGAUAACCUCCAGAGGACAUUUUGUUUGAACGAUUCAGAAGAUCUUAUUGUGGUAAAAGGAAGUUCAGUUUCGAAUCAAGAUUUCAAGAAGACUAAGGGAGUUAAGUUUCAAGAUCGGUUGCACAUCGAUUGCUAAAUUCUACGUGAAGAAACUGCCUCCAACGGCUGAAGUCUUGGCCAUCACAAACUACCUCUAUGAGCAAUGGCUUUGGUUAAUACUUCAGCGCAUAAAGUAGAUAUAAGGUCAAGCUCUAAACGUUCUGAUAGUGGACGCAAGUAUAAGGAAUCAAGGGCUAACAACCAAGAACUCUUGAAGAUGAGUGAAGAAAAGAGGAAGAUCUCAGGAAGGUCGGUUUCACUUCCAUCGAUAGACAUAUUAUUACUAGACGAGAAACCAGGUUGGCCGUUUCUUAAGAUAGCAAAUUUAGAAACACCGCAAGUUCAGCAUUGGCACACUCGGAACGUCUCAGUGGUCAACUGGGUCAUGAGCUUACCUGAACGGUUUCCAGAUCAUCAGCAGAAUCUAAACUCUGAGACAAUCUUUGUAAAGAAACAACUCAAGGACAUAUUGAGAGACAACAACAAAUGGUUCAGCUACGAUGUUCUUAAGACAGCAACAUCAGAUUUCUCACAAGAAAAUCUUGUUGGGAAAGGAGGGUGUAGUGAAGUGUACAGAGGGGUUCUCAAAGAUGGAAAAGACAUUGCAGUGAAAAUCUUGAAAUCAUCAUCCAAAGAAGCUAUGACAAAUUUUGUUCAUGAAAUUGACAUUAUCUCUUCGUUGAGUCACCAAAACAUUUCACAGCUACUUGGUGUUUGUGUCCAAGACAAUGAUCUAAUCUCUGUUUACAACCUUUCAUCCUUAGGAAGUUUAGAGGAAACCCUUCACGGUAAGCAAAAGGAAAAACAUGUAUUAUCAUGGGAGGAGAGGUUCAAUAUAGCAAUCGGCGUAGCGGAAGCGUUAGAUUAUCUUCAUAACCGAUGUCAUAAGCCAGUGAUUCACAGAGAUGUCAAGACUUCAAAUGUUCUUCUCUCAGAUGAGCUCCAACCUCAGCUGUCAGACUUUGGACUGUCGAUGUGGGGACCUACGACAUCUUCUCGAUAUUCUAUACAAGGUGACGUGGUUGGCACGUUUGGAUACCUUGCGCCAGAGUAUUUCAUGUACGGAAAAGUCAGUGACAAAGUCGACGUUUACGCCUUUGGAGUUGUUCUGCUUGAACUCAUAUCAGGAAGAGAUCCCAUCUCGUUUGAGAAUCCAAAAGGAAAAGAGAGCUUGGUCAUGUGGGCAAAGCCGUUGAUUGAGACUGGAAAUGAAAAGGGACUGUUGGAUCCAGACAUAACAGAUAUAUCCGACGAGAAUCAGUUUCAGAGAAUGGUUCUAGCUGCUGCACAUUGCCUGACAAGAUCAGCCACACAUCGUCCUAGUAUUAGACAAAUACUGAGGCUACUAGGAGGUGUAGACGAAGUGGAGAAAUGGUCCAAACGGAUUAAGGAAGAAGAAAAUGAAGAUUGCUUCGAUGACGAGGUUUACCCGAAUAUCAGGGCGGAACUGCACCUGAGCCUUGCGAUGAUGCUUGAGGUUGAAGACGAUGAAUCUGGAUCAAUCAGUCCCAUGGAGAGAAGUAACAAGAGUUUUUUCUCUUCUUGUUGUUCAUCUAGGGAACUUCAACCUUAAUGCAUUUAUUGGACUUAUCUUAGUAAUGUACGUAAUGUUUUUGUUG